CACUCCCUCUAAAGCCAUACCCACACGAACUACGUAGAAAAUUUCACCGGCUUCCCAUUUUAACCACCUCUCGCCGUCUCAGCCCCUUCUCUUCUCAUACACUCUCUUUCUCUUAACUCAGAUGCCUCAGGUGGACAUCGAGAACCUGGUCUGCGGCGGAGACCGGAAGGUCGCCUGCGAGACUCUGGCGGAAGCCGGCGGCGACCCGGACUUCCCAGCGGAGUCCUUCGAGGUCAGGAUCGGGGACGAGAUCGAGUGGGCGGACCUGAACGCCGUCUACGAUCGAGAGGACUCCACCAAGGGAGGCACCAAUCCCAAGUCCAACCACACCAAUCCGCGGCCGCUGGCAGCUUCGAAUUCCCAGCGCUUCUCCGCCAAUCUCAAGGCGAAGCCCCCAAUUAUCGGCCUUCCGGGAAAGAUCCACAACUCCGGCUACGACGGCCGGAGAGCCCACCGACCGCCGCACGUCCAGAUCUUCCCCAAGAAGGCUGCAGGCGGCGGCGGCGGCGGGGAAGGAAGGAAGUCUCCGGUGCCGGAGUUGGAGCCGGGAUCGCCGAAGGUGUCGUGCUUCGGUAAGGUGUCGUCGGAUAGGGAGCGAAAGCGGUGUCAGAGGGAGUGCCCGGGGGCGGUGGCGGCGGAGGAGGAGAGGGAGGAAAGGGAGUGCUGGAGAGUCUUUGCGGCGAUUUUCUGGCGCGGUGGGGGAGAUCGGGCGGCUCCGGAGGAAGUUAAAGGGGAGGAGGAGAAGAAAGAGAUCACUGUGCCGUCGAAGAAUAUUCCAGCGCCGGCGGGGAGAGCACCAGAAUCGGCCGCGCGGGGAAUAGGAGGGAUGAUGCGGUUCGCGUCGGGAAGGAGGGCGGCGUCGUGGGGAGCGGAGGCGGAGGUGGAAGAACACGCGGCAAGAUCUGUGGCGAUGGAUCGAGUAGGGUCGUGGGGUCAGCAAUCGGGUUCGGUGGAGGGUGGGAAGUGAAAGGGAGGACGCGAGGCUCGUGCCGUGCUAUGUGGAAUUUUUUGUGAAGUUAGGGUGGCACCAAAGUUUUGAUAUAAUUAAUAGAUUUCUUGUACGAUAAUUGCAUCGCUUUGGUGCGUUGGAUUUAACAUUUUUCUCCUUUUUUUUUUAAUGAGACUUGUAAUUCAUACAAUUCUCGUGUAAAUAAAAUCCA